GGCGCCGCCCCGGCCUGUGGGCAGCGGGCGCGGCGACGGUGACGUCACACAGGUUGCCCGGAGAUGCCGGUGUGUCGCUUCUUUCUCGAGGGCCGCUGCCACUUCGGGGACAAGUGCUGGAACCAGCACCCGCGGGGGGCAGCCAAUCAGCAACCCCGAGACAGCCAGCACCCCAGAGACAGCCAGCACCCAGCAGGUUACAAUAGUAACAGGGGAAGCUGGGGAAAUCAGUUCCAGAAACCUCAAUCUAGUUAUAUUCAGCCCUCUAACUUCUCCAGAAACACAACAUGGGUAAAAGGUGGCAGGGAAGACGACCGAAGAGGGUUUGGGUAUCAAGAUGCUGGGAAGAAAGAAUUUUCAAGUUCCGGAAACUUCAUUCAGAACAGAUUUACGACUCUGUCGAACACCAAUCAAGCAGAUGAGACAGAAAAUGUAUUGGAAUUGUUUCGAAAAGACAUUGAAAUAUGGGAAAGCUCUGGACAAUGGCUGUUCUCCUGUUAUUCCUUUGCCAAGGAAUAUGCUUGUAUUUCAGGUCUUGCUGAAUUCUCCCCUGAAGAAUUACGUCUGGAGUACUAUAAUACCAGGACUGGAGGCCACGUACAAAAUUAUGUCGAUUCCAUUGCACAAUUAUCAAAUCUACAGCGGAGCAAAAUGGCUGAACUGAAGAAGCCAAAUCCAUCCACAAGAUCAAUGCUGUUAGAAGAACUGAAAAGGCCCAACCAGAAGAAACCUUCGUUAGGUUUUGGUGGAGCGCAAGUGUCAUCCUUUGGCUCCUCAGGUUUUGGCUCAAGUCCAGCAAAUAGCAACACGUUCAGCUUCAGGCCCAGUGCUGGACUGGCAGAUCCCACAACAUCCUCUUGCUUUGGAAACCCUGCGUCCUCCUCUCCUGCUCCAUCAUCAUUUGGAGCUAAGGCAGCUUCCUCAGUGUUCGGAAACACGAGUGUGUUUGGAGCGAGCCCCACACCAGCUCCAGUCACUUCCAUAUUUUGUACUACUGCACCUGGUGCAGCUCCAUCUUCUGUGUUUGGAAGUUCAGCUCCGUUUGGAAGCAGCAGUUUUGGGAACCCAACUGCAUGUACAUUCUCUUCGAAACUGGAGAAACCCGAAAAGGCAACAACAAAUGGGUUUGGAACCUUGGAGCCAGCCACACUAUCCUCCACUGUAUGUCAGCCCCAAAGCACACCAUUGAGCAGUAGUUCUGUCAAUGGGCAUGGUAAAUUGUACACACCUCGGUCUGAACUCUCAGCAGAUGAUCUACGAGAGUUUGAAGCAAAGAGGUUCACCCUGGGAAGAAUACCUUUAUGGCCUCCACCCAUUGAGCUGCUGAAUGUGUAAAUCUUGACACACUUGAGGCAUUUGCUUGCCAUGCUUGGCUGCGGUAACCCUUCACUGAGUGCACACUCAGUCAUUUUCUGUAAUACCAAUUAUAGUGACAAUGGUGACCGCAAUCAUUUUCUGAAUUUGCCUUCGAUUUUUGUUUCCAUCAAAAUUGGGGAUUUAAUGUGGCUGCAAUUUCAUAGAGAUGCUUGUUUUGAUUUCCUUUUCCCUAUAGACUUCACAGAUGCUUAUCUCUUCCAUGUUGUUCUGAAUAGAAGUUGAUAAUCAUCAGUCUGAGGCAGAUGUGUCCUUUUAUCUCCCAUCUUCCAGACCCAACACAGCUGGAAAAACUAUGCAUUUUAGUAAGAGGGUUUAAGAUAAGGGUGUUCUUGUAACCUGAAGCUAUUCAUUAUGAAGAAUAUUCAGAUUUAUUUGCAAGGAUGUAAGGUUUGCCUGCACUCUGUCAUUGGUCCCUAACUGAUAAAGUGGCCUGGAUUGACAUGGCACCUUUUCUCUCCCAAACCCCAUGGAUGUUGAAGCCAAUUAUUGGCCUCGUUCCACCGUAGUUAAAAACCAGCUAGCUCAGCACAGCCCAGGUAUUGAAUAAACUUUUCGUAUCAAAUGUGUUUUGCAAAGGUUAGCACAGGAGAACGUAGCAAGUGCAGGUUAAGAGGCAUAAGCUUUGAAGGUCUAUGCAAAGUGAUUAAGCAAACCAAUACAAAAUAUAGUUAGGAAAAAAGUGAAAUAGUCAACUGUGAAGGAUUGUUUUAUUAGCCAAAGUAUGUUGACAAAUAGAAUUGUAUAUUUGCAAUUAGCAAGAUAUAAAUUGCAGAUAUGCAUUCUUGAAUAAAUGUUUUUGCUACUGGUCAGGAGGUCUGAGUACUCUGCAGGCUGUUCUACAUUCAAGUACUAAAUAUUUUAAACUUGCUUUUAUUACUUGUAUCCUAGUAAAUAAUAAGUGAAGCUUACUUGCUUUUUAAUAUAUAAUAUAUAUACUUUGUCAUAUUCAAUAUAUGCGGACGAGUCAUGGUAAUGACUUGCUCAAUACAAAGAUGAGAGAGAGUUGCUUCUCGGCAGAGGUGCUAAACGUCAAGCAUGGGGGAGGAGGGAGUUGAGCAUGGUGGUCAUUGAGUGGUGUGACAAUGGUUUUUAGACAGAGAAUGGUGAUUCACUCUAUUUUCAGAAGAGAGAAUAGAAAGAAAUGGUAAAGUUAUUUAAACAGGACAGAACCGACUUCUGGAAACAAAUAGACCCUUUGACACAACUUUAUUAUAGAACUAACUAGCAACUACUACUUGUGCUCCAUUAUUAAUCUGGGCUUCUCUUUCUCCUUUGGUCUCAAGUGGAAUAUUCAUCUCCUUGUAUUGCUAAUGCUACUUUCAAGAAGCUUGCUUUCCUACUGAAUGCUUAACAUUUAUUUUCCAACAACUCUUAGCUUGCUAUAAAGCCAAAGUCUGUCCAAAAUGAGAACACUGCUUACAUAUCUUGGAAGGCUCUUUUUAACCCUUUCCUCCCAUUCCUCGACACAGACUAAGAAAAGUUUUGUUGUCUGAGAAGUGUUGAAAUGUCUCCUACUUAAUUCUUUCCUCAGACUUCAAGCCUUAACUCCUUACCUUCCCCAGUCUGCGUCUUACUGCAAUCUACAAUCUUGAUAUAAUCCAGCCACUUGAUUUGAACUCUCUUUUUCAACCUUGAUGUACUAUCUUGCCAAUUCUUGUCUAUUUCUCAAUCUAUUAAUAAAAAUAUUUUGUCCAUGCAUGUCUUGUUCUUUUCUGAUACGUCCAUCCAGCACUCAGCUUGUGUGUGUGUGAGAGGGAGGGCAAAUGAGAGAGAUCAUGCUUUCCUGUCUAGUUUGGUCCAUCUUAUUCGUCAUAAUUAAUAUGAUAAGCAACUAAGGUGGUUGAAAGUUACAAUGUUUCCUGCAUUCUGAGUGUAUUUUGAGAAUUAAACUGGGCAAACAAUUUUUAGUUUCUUUCUCAUGUUUUAAGUACUAUAGUGAAAUUAGUUCACAAAAGUCUACAAGGCUGAGUUUGUGCAUUCUCCAAGCUCAGAGUACGGUUAAAUUUUGAGAAUAUUUAUGGAUUCUAGGAUCACAAAUAUAGAACAUUGUGUAUUAUGCUGAUCAGUGUAAGACAAUUUGCAAUGAGUGACCAUGGUCAUCAGUGGAUUACUGUCAUGGUCUUCAAUGGCUAUAGUAUAUGCAAAGAAGUAAUCAAUACAUUUUGUUUCAGUUACUGUUGUGAUUAAUGAGCUACAUUUUACAUCAUGGUGUAUCUACAAUUAAAAAGUGGUGUCCAUUC